AUGCAACAGCAGCAGCAGCAACAAAUCAUGGCUGGUCUGUUCCGCGUCGGCCUCUUUGGCCGUCUAAACCGCAUCCAGCCUGGCGUCCGACGCAUCGCCGCCAGCUUCAGUACGGAUAGUGAGCGCAAUGAGAUCCUACGAAAAGUCUACGCGCCAUUUCAGAAACUGGUCAAGGAAUCGCCCGAGUAUCAAGCGCUGGCAGAAUCUGGCAAGGUCUGGGAAGAUUAUUUUCAGCCUGGAAAUAGCGAGCGUCUUGGAUAUGUGAAGGCACAAAAGCUGCUCGCCGAUGUCCUGGAAGAUAUUGACGAUUGGAAAGAGUCCAUGAAACUACCCAAAAGUGCAACUGUUCGCAGCCUCGUUGCUGAAUAUGCACACCAAUCUGUCGCAAUCGAGGACAACAAACUUCAACUCGGAGUCAGCCUCAUGAUGGACGAUCAUCUCAAAGAUGCCGUACCUGAUCUCGGCGUAUCUGCCCACGACCUCUCUCAAAUGACAUUCCCAGACGUUCAUUCUCUCUUUCCCCAUGCAGAUGCAUCCCAGGUAGCAGAACUACGCAAUCAUCUCGUGGCAUCUCACUGGGUUACGGAGACCGCUUUACGCAACCCCAACACGCCUGGGCUUUCAGAAGCCGAAAUCCGCUGUCUUUCGGCCGUUCUCCUCAAGGAUACAAACGGCGAGCGUCUCUACAAUUCUGGAUGGGGAGGACGAGUCCCUCUUGGAGGUUACCGACCAGCGCCGAUUCGAGUAAAGAGUAACCCUCUUACCAUCUUCCCCUACCAUGUUGAAGUUCCAGCAUGCAUGCAACGCUUCAUUCAAUGGCGAGAUAGAGUUACUCAAGAGAAGCAGCUCCAUCCUCUCAUCGUGGCCUGUCAAGCAACUGUGUAUUUCCUGCACAUCCACCCAUUUUUUGAUGGCAAUGGUCGAGUGUCUAGACUCAUCAUGCAAGAUUACAUGAUACGCCAUGGUUAUGCCCCUGUGGUGAUACAGAUUUUGGAGCGAGAAGAUUACAUACGAAAGAUUCGACUUGCGCAAGGCGGAGAACCAGAAGAGUUUGUGUCUACGAUUUUGACGACUCAGUUGGAAGAGUUGAAGACAUUUGGGUUUCGCCAAAUGGUGGAAAAUAAGUAA